CGUGUUUCAAUCUGAAGCUCUGUUUCUCUCUUCUCUUGUCGUGAAUCGCCUCCAUCCACAUGAAGGUUGCACUGAAUCUCUCUCUAUCCACCCUCGCGAGUCCUCCCGUCGAAUGCUCCUGCGUCUUCGUGUAUCAUUGCCGUUUUGGUUCGAGUGUGGAGGUUUCAACUCAGUUUAGAGUUUGGAUUCGAGCAGCUUUUUCACAGGUUUGUUUUGAUUUCAAAUCGAGUUUUGUUUCAGUUCAGAAUUGGUUGCAUUUUGGAAUUCUGGCAUUUUUACGGUUUCGACUCAAUUACGGGUUCUAUUACUGGGUUCUAUUACAGUUUGAUUGUGAUUCGAUUUUGGUGAAGAGUUUGAAUUAAAAUUAACACGAGUAUACAACUUCAUAAACCUAAAUUGGAUAAGCACUUACCGGUUGAAAUGAAGAAAAAUGCGGAUUUUGUUCUCGCUCGCAAGGUGUUCGAUGAAAUGUCCUAACCGGAUUAUUUCUUUCUCGCUCGCUCAUAUUGCGGCACUAGAGGUUGAUCCUCCAGGAUGCUCUUUUAAUCCCACGCAUGAAAGUCAUCAGGAGAACAACUGGUCCUAUAAGGCGUGCCAAGGGUGGCUGGACAGCAGAGGAGAAGAAAUGUUUGGAGGAGACGACGAAGAUGAUGAUGGUGAUGAUUCUUCUGUGUUUCUCAUGAGAAUAAGAGGAAACAUGAUGAGAAGAAGAGUGAAAGGUAUGAGAAAAGCACUUUUGGUUGUUUUUCUUGCUGUGUACUUUUCGUUGAAAAUCUCAUUGCUUUGAAACUUCAUGGUUGAGAUAAGUAUUCUGAAAUAAAAAACUUUGAUGAAACAGUAUAUAAAUGUAAGUAACUUUUUAGUCUGCUUUUAGCUUUUUUCUUUAAGUUAGUUUCAAGCUAAACUUUCUUAAAAAAACAAUCUAGCUAGGGAACCAUGAGCACACCCUUUUCUUUUUAAUAUUUUUUGUAACAUUUUAUCUGGUGUUAUUUUUUUUAUGCAUUCUCAAUUAGUUAGGGAUUAGUUGUGAAUUAGUUAGGAUAAAUUUAGCAGCAACCAAUUGCUAGUUUCUAGUAAAUAAUCUUAGUUAAUCUCCAACUAAUAUUAGAAGGUUCCUAAUUAAUCCCCAUUUAUUGUCUAAUAAAAUAUUUAUUCUCCUUCUAAUUGAUCCUACCCAUAGCUAUCUCAUAACUCUUUAAAGCUUUUCUUUGACCCUUUAUGGCUGCAAGCCAAUUCAUAAAAAAAUAAUAUAUGAUAAUAAAUGCAAAAGGGCAAAUUAUUGAUUUAAAAUCAAGCUAAGGGAAUCAAAUUUGA